AUGGAAGAAAUGUAUGACGACAGCGGCUCAUUCGACAUCACGAGUGACGAUGCCGUGGUGGGGGACUUCUCGAAGAACGUCGUCGAGCGGGCCGCGGCGGCCAAAUUCACCAUCGAACAGUACUACCACAACUUCUUCCGUUCCGAGAAAGAGCGAGAGGGCAGGCGGAGCAGGCUGGAGCAGCGCAUGAAGGAGCUCAACCUCAGCGAAACCAAGAGGGACAAGCUCAGGAAGGAACUCGCAAAGAAGGAAACCGACUUCAUCCGCAUCCGUCGCAUGCGUCUCACUCAGCACUCCUUCGACACCGUCGCCGUCAUCGGCCGCGGUGCCUUUGGCGAGGUGCGUUUGGUAAAGAUGAAGGGAGCGAACGACCUCUUCGCCAUGAAGAAGCUGAAGAAGUCUGAGAUGAUCAAGAAGGAGCAGGUGGACCACGUGCGGGCCGAGCGGGACGCGUUGGCCGACAACAACUACUUCUACACCAAGAAUCCCUGGGUGGUCUCCCUCUACUACUCCUUCCAGGACAUCGACUACCUGUACUUGAUCAUGGAGUACGUGCCGGGCGGAGACAUGAUGACCAUGCUCAUCAAGUACGACACCUUCACCGAGGACCAGACGCGGUUCUUCAUCGCCGAGACCGUGCUGGCGAUCGACUCGAUCCACCAGCUGGGCUACAUCCACCGCGACAUCAAGCCGGACAACCUGCUGCUCGACCAGGACGGCCACAUCAAGCUGAGCGACUUCGGCCUCUGCACGGGCCUGCAGACCAAGCAGUUCAAGUCCCUCUACAAGAAGCUCAUAGGCGAGACCACCGAGCUCAAGGACACCGACACCGACCGCAAGUCCCAGCGGGAGAAGAUCAACACCUGGAAACAAAAGAGGAAAGUCCUGGCGUACAGCACGGUCGGCACCCCGGAUUACAUUGCGCCCGAGGUGUUCCUGCAGAAGGGCUACGGCCCGGAGUGCGACUGGUGGAGUGUGGGCGUCAUCAUGUUCGAGAUGCUGUGUGGGUAUCCGCCCUUCUGCUCGGAGACGCCGACAGAGACCUAUCGUAAGAUCAUGAACUGGAAGGAAACGUUGCAAUUCCCGGAGGAGGUGGAACUCUCGCCCGAGGCCCAGGACCUCAUCUUCCAUCGAAGCGCUUGA